GGCAGGGAAAGAAAAAUUUGUGGUUUUCCCCUUCCCAGGCCUCCCGUAGGGCCUCGAGUUGAUAGCGUUGCACCAGCAUUCAUCCCGGCCGUUGCACACCAUGGCGUGUUGCUGCUGGGCGUGAUAGGAGUUCUGUUUGCCAUGCCUGAGCUGCCUGAGGUUGAGAGGGCCAGGCGGCUGGCUGCGGCUGCGCUGGAGGGAAAGGUGGUCAAGGAGGCCAGGACCACUGAAGACGAGGUCAGUUCAAGUCGGGGGUUGACUUCAGUGGGUGGUGCAAACAGGCACUGUUCGCACGUGGUCAGAUUGUGUGUGUGUGUGUGGUCUGUCAGAUUGUGUUUGAUGGGGUAGAUCACGCCGAGUUUGCGCGUCGGAUGACGGGCAAGAGGAUAGUCAAGAUUGGCAGGAAGGGCAAGCAGCUGUGGUUCGAAUGCGACAAGUGAGCCAGCAGCACAGACCGACCAAUGGGCAACAGCGUCCUAAUGGUGUGUUGUGUUGUGCGCAGGGCGCCUCACCCGACGUUCCACUUCGUAUGCACGAUGCGGCCACACACAGACGUGCAGACAAGCUGAUGGAAUGGCCAUUUCUCUCUCUCUCUCUCUCUGUGCAUGUGUGUGUGUGUGUGCGUGUGUGUGUGUCAGGGUAUGACGGGCAGCUUUGCGGUCAAGGGCGGCGAAGUGUAAGCAACACACCAACUGCCACACACAACCGCACUUGUCAUCCCCCACCUCUCGAUUGGGGUCGGGUCGCUAAACUCAGGGCUUAUUACAAGUCCUUCUCUGUCGACACGGAGAACUGGCCACCAAAGUUCUGGAAAGUAGAGCUGGAGAUGGACGGUACGCAGGCCGCAGCACAAAUCAGAUGACUGACGCAUUUGGUAUGCGUGUUGGUUUGGCUGCUGCUGUCUGCUGCAGACGGCACGUUGUUUGCGUUCAUGAACAUCCGUCGGCUGGGCCGCAUUCGGCUGCUGGACGACCCACUCAGCCACAAAUCCAUAUCGGGUGGGUGAGGUGACACCAAUCAAAGAGAGAGAGAGACAGCAAGCGCAAUUGUCGGGUGGUUUCCCUUCUCUCCUGUCAGAGCUCGGCUUUGACCCGCUGACGGAGAUGAUGCCAGGUCAGUCGGGAGAGUGAGUAACCAGCGUUUUCGUUUAUGGAUGAUCCGAUCCGCGGAUGCAUUGUCUGUCCUCUUCUCCUCAUCAGUCUCUGAUUUCGUGUCUGCCAUCCGUCGCCGUCACGCGCCCAUCAAGGCGGUGCUGCUGGACCAAUCCCUAGCCGCUGGCGUCGGUAAGCAGGCCACACACACACACACACACACACAAACCGUUUGUGUGUGUCAACACAAACAGGCAACUGGAUCGCUGACGAGGUGUUGUACCAGGCGAGGGUGCAUCCCGGCACCGUGGGGUCCGUCAUGACCGACGAGGAGAUCACCCGAGUGCACGACAGCCUCGACAACGUCAUACGCACGGCGUGCGACGCCAACGCCGACAGCGAUAAGGUACGUACCACAGGCAGGCGCAUAUGCACUCGUACUGUAUUUGUGUGUGUGUGUGUGUGUGUUGUGUGUACGCCCUGCCCUGCAGUUCCCCCAGUCGUGGUUGUUUCACUACCGUUGGUCUGUGAAGGACGCCGGCAACGCCAAAGACGCCAACAACCAAACCAUCAAAUUCGAAAAGGUACUUACUUGCCGACAUUUCUGCGUGGACGCAUCGCAUCCAUUUGUGAGUCUGCGUUGAUGUGGAUGUGUGUGUGCGUGUAGGUGGGCGGCCGGACUUCGGCGUACGUGCCGGCCGUCCAGGGCGCGGCGGGCCGCAAGAGGACUCCCAAGAAGGGCGGCAAGAAAAAGAGUGCGGCCGACGCGGCAGAGGACGACGACGAGCUCGAGGACGGCGAGGCGGACAACAACCAAGACCCCAACGAAGAUGAGGAUAGGAAGAGCAGGGGCAAGAACAAGCGCAAGCAGCCCUCGGCAGCAGAGGUGCCCCUCCCCUCCCUGCACGAGUUGGCGAAUGCGAUAGUAGCUGCCGGUAGUGACGAGGCUGCCUUGGCUGCCGUGCGUGAGAUGGCGCAACGCGUCGUCGACAGCGCACCCAAGGGCAGCGGGGCGGCGAGGCCCAAGGCCAAGAGGGCGCGCAAGGGCAAGAAGGAGGAGGACAACGGGGUGGGGGAGGGGGCGGCAAUGGGUGUGGGGAGUGGUGUUGAUUUCAGCGCCAGUGUGGAGCGUGCCGAGUGACGGGUGGGGGCAGGAAAAGUGGGAUGUAGAUACGUACGUACGAGCUGAGGCGGUCGGUGCGGUGUAUGAAUGCAAUGCAUGUACGUGGCUUAGAUGAGAUGCCCUCGUGGCCAAGCCAUGAGAGGGAGGCGCAGUCGCCUUUUCGACUGGGUGACAGACAGACCAACGGCUGGCUGUUGACGUUGAAACGUGAAUUCAGGUAUGAAAGGCACGUGUGAGUGAGUGACGGAGGGAGGGAGCACAUCCAAUUGAUUGAAACACUUGUUGAGCG